AUGCGCUCUUCCAUUCAAUCCGGCCUUCUACUGGCCGCCUCUCUAUCUACCUCGAUGGUAGAGGCAGAGCGUGUCGUCGGUGCAUACCUCUUUGCCCGCCACGGUGAUCGAACUGCCAAGAUUCUCGGCAACACCCAAUUGACUGAUCUGGGUUACAACGAGGUCUAUGAUGCCGGCUCUUUCUACAAUGGCCGCUAUAUCCUCUCCGACUCGGACAAGCACAUCGAGGGUAUCAGCUCUCUGAUCGUCAACUCCAAGCAGAUCAGCGCCAGCUCCCCGGCGGAUGCCGUGCUGCAAAACUCGGCCACUGGCUUCCUGCAGGGCGUGUACCCCCCGGCUGGUAACGUUGCCAACCAGACUCUGGCCAACUCGACUACCGUCGUGUCGCCCCUUUCGGGUUACCAGCUGAUUCAGGUCACCUCCACGACUUCCAGUAACAGUAACGAGGGAGCCACCUGGUUGCAAGGCUCGAGUGACUGCCAGAAGGCCACCGUCAGCAGCAACAACUACUACGCAUCGGACUCUUACAACUCGAUGCUCAAGUCCACCAAGGACUUCUACCAGUCACUGGCCCCCAUGCUGAACUCGACGUUCACUUCGUCGCAGAUGACAUUCAAGAAUGCCUACUCUAUCUUUGAUUACUUGAACGUGGCCCAGAUCCACAACUCCACCGACGAUUAUCCCGCCCUCAAGGACCUGACCGAUGAGGACUACACCCAGCUGCUCCAGCUGGCUAACAACCAGCAGUAUAACCUGGCUUACAACAAGUCCGACACCGUCCGUGCUAUUGACGGCGCCGUGCUGGCUGGCGAGAUCCUCUCCAGCCUCAACGACACCAUUACCAGUGAUGGCGUGUUCAAGCUGGGUGUUUCCUUUGGUUCCUACGGAACUCUCCUGUCCUUCUUCGGCCUGAUGCAGCUGCCCGCUGCCUCGGUUGACUUCACCGGUAUCCCGGACUAUGCCUCCUCGAUGGUCUUUGAGCUCGUGACCAAUGCCACUGGCACCGGCAUUCCCGCCGAGAGCGAGAUUAGCGUGCGCUUCAUGUUCCACAACGGCACGAUCACCGGCUCUGCCGAGCCCACCGUCUACCCUCUGUUCGGCCAGUCGAACGAUCUCCUCUCGUGGUCUGACUUCAAGACUGGCAUUGAGAAGAUUGCCGUCACCUCCGAUGCCCAGUGGUGCGACCUGUGCGGCAACACCGAUGGCAAGUGCGAUACCUCUACUGCCAGCACCACCUCCUCCGACUCUUCCAGCUCGGCUGGCUCCAGCUCCGGUGGCAUGUCGCGGGCCGUUGCUGGUGUGAUUGGCGCCAUGGUGACUCUGGCCGUUAUUCUCGGUCUGCAAGCCCUCUUCUUCCUGGUUGGUGGAUUCCGUAUCUCCAAGCGGAACAAGGCUGGCCCCGAGAUGGUUGCCGCCGAUAGUGGUUCCGCGGAGAAGAAGUAA